AAAUAUAACAAGCUCCUCUGCGUGCAUUAACGAUUUGUUUCUGUUAUUAUAGUAUUAUACACAAAAGACAACUCUUUCUUAACACAUCACAAGAAAUUCUAUUACGAACCUCAAAUACAUUUCCCAAACCAAACAAAACUCAAAUCAAACAACAACAAUCAUGUCUGGCUACGGAAACGAAGGCUACGGUGGUCAACAAGGCGGGGGAUAUGGAGGUGAAGAGAGAAGAGAACAUAGCCGCAGAGAUGAGGAGGGCUAUGGUGGACAGCAGGGUGGUGGAUAUGGUGGAGAGGGACGACAAGGCGCCGGAUAUGGCGGUGAAGAAAGAAGAGAAGGCCACCAAGGUGGAGCAGGCGGGCCCGGAGGAGCAUUCGGUGGCGGAAACUUUAACGAAGAUCGUCGUCAAGGAGGCGGAGAAGCCCAAAGCUAUUACGGAGGUGGUGGACAAGGAGGACAAGAAGAAAUCCGUCACGGCGGCCGCGAUGAGAGAUAUGGAGGAAGUGGAAAUAACCCAUAUGGAGGCGGUGGAGGAUACGGUGCCGAUGAUGAGGAUUUGAAGGGCGCAGCUCAUCAUGCUCAAGAACAUGCCGGUGAUUCUGGAGAUUCUAGCUUGUUCUCGAGCGUCUUGGGUUACUUGGGCCAGAACAAACAAAACAUCGGUAAUCAAGAUGUCGAUGAAGAAGAAGCUGUAAACUCCCACAAACAAUACUAUGGCGGUGGCGGCUCUUCCGGCGGUUCUUCGGCAUCUUCAUCUAGCAUGGGCAGUGCUGCCGCAAUGCAAGCACUCAAGAUGUUCAACGGUGGCUCAUCCGGAAACUCCUCGUCCGGAAACUCUCAAAACGCUUUCGUUGGAAUGGCAAUGGCACAAGCCAGUAAAUUAUUUGAUCAACAAAGCAGUCAAGGAAAUGUCUCUUCUGGUUCUUCUAAGGAAAGCGUUGUUCAGCAAGCUGGUGAAAUGGCUCUUAAGAUGUAUAUGAAGAGUCAAGGUGGUGGGAGCUCUGGUGGUAUGAGUGGAUUGAUGGGACUGGCAAGUAAGUUCAUGUAAAGGAAUUGUUCACACGAAUGGAUGUUAGGUGCUAGGCUGGGAGGAUAGUUUAUGAUAUGUUAUGAAAGCAUGAUUUUGAUGAAUGAAGCGAUGAAAUACUUAGUAGUUAAAGCGCCUCGAAAUAUUUUCUACCAGUUCCUAUGCGUACGGUUAAAAACUAUGUGAUUUAUCAUAGGGGAUUGAUAGCUGGACUGGAGCGUC